CUCAUCGUCAACAUCAGCCCCACUGACAAAACCCAAGCGUCAACCCAACCGAACACUACAUUGCAACCAACGCCGCCCAGCCAGCAACAUCAGAUUCAUCUCAGCAUGUCAUCCAACGAUAACCCUAGUAACUUCGCCAACCGUCCUACCGAAGAGGUCAAGGAGAUAGCAUCUAAGGGUGGCCAGGCCUCCCACAGCGGUGGUUUCGCGAGCAUGGAUCCAGACAAACAGCGCGAAAUCGCCUCGAAGGGCGGUCAGGCCUCGUCAGGCAAAUUCGAGCCCGGCAGUGAGCGAGCGUCCGAGGCAGGCAAGAAAGGUGGUUCCAAGUAGGCAUUGACUCUCACAAGACGUAUUGAUUGUGACGAGUGGAUACACUGCUGCUGCGGGAGGGAAUCAGGGCGAGCUGAGGUACGAGACUUUUGUGGUCGAGCUGGAAGUUUGCUGUUUUACUGCUUAUCUACCUGAAGGUAGGAGAGUUGGUAGAACAAACAUACAGCGCCAUAGGCCCGUAACACUAGGUAUCUGUUGUUAAGACUUGACCCUGUUGCACGCU